GCAGUGCCUAUAAGUCAGGAGCAGCCUGAGAGCAUUUACCUGCAUAGCACCAAGUGCAGAAAGAAUGGCAUCUUCUGACCUAAGAGAAGAACUUAAUUGUUCCAUCUGCCUGAAUAUUUACGCUGAUCCAGUUACACUUAAAUGUGGGCACAAUUUCUGCCUGGCAUGUAUCAAAAGUGUGUUGACCACACAGAAGGGGUCCGGAGCAUAUUCUUGCCCAGAAUGCAGAGCAGAGUUUCGGGAGCACCUGGCACUGCAGAGGAACAUAAAACUGAGCAACAUAGCAGAGCGAUUCCGUUCAACUCGUUCUAUACCACGCAAAAAGACUGGAAUCUUCUGUACAUACUGCAUUCACAGCCCAGCGCCUGCUGCCAAGUCUUGUCUACUCUGUGAGGCAUAUCUGUGUGAUAACCACGUCAUGGUCCAUAGUAAGUCUCCAGAACAUAUUCUUACUGACCCCACAACCUCAUUCUGCAAUCGAAAAUGCUCGGUACACAAAGAGCUCUUAAAGUAUUAUUGCCCUGAAGAUGCUGUUUGUAUUUGUGUCUCCUGCUGUGUGUUAGGGGAACACAGGGGUCACCAGGUGGAGCUCCUUAAUGAGGCCACUGAGAAAAAGAAAAAAAGAUUAAGAAAUAUUAUGGAAAAUUUAACCUCAAAACAAGAGGAGGCCCACAAAAGAGUGCAGAACCUGCAGGAACACAGAAGAGAUGUGCAAGACAAAGCUGCUGCUGUAUCAGACCAAGUCACAGCUUUUUUUAGGGACAUCAGGGAACAGCUGGAAGUACUAGAGAAGCAGGUAUUGUGUGAGAUCUCCAGGCAGGAGGAACAAGUUUUACUUCACAUCUCUGAUGUCAUUCAGCAGCUGGAAAUAAAGAAGGAGGAGCUGUCUGGAAAGAUGCACCACAUUGAAAUGCUAUGCAACAUGACUGAUCCACUAACUGUCCUACAGGGGCGAGAGUCAGAUUAUAAUGAGCACAAAAGUCACAAGGACAGAGAAAGAGACAACAAAGAAAUGGCCGCAGUAGGAGAUCUGGAUGAUGUGUUGAUCUCACUGACCCUACACAAGGCCUUGGCUGAUAUUAUAUCUGAUGCGGAAAGAAAGAGAGGGCUUUUCAUCCCAGAGGCCAGAGACAUCCUACUAGAUAUGAACACAGCUCAUAAUAAUGUUGCUAUAUCCAGUGAUCUGAAAAGUCUCUCAAGGUCAGAUAGGAAGCAAAGCCACCUACCAAUGCGGGGCAGAUUUAAAUUCUAUUUCCAGAUCCUAAGCAUCAGGUCGUUCUCUUCUGGGCAGUGUUACUGGGAAGUGGAGAUGAGUCAGACUGGUGGCUGGAAGAUCGGAAUGGCCUUUCCCAGUAUAGAAAAGAAAGGAGACCAGUCCUGGUUGGGAAACAACAAAAAGUCAUGGUGUCUGUACAAAUACAAUAAAGAGUUUUCAGUGAUACAUGACUCAAACAUAAACCCCUUAACCAUUGAGUCCCACUGCCAGAGAAUUGGGAUAUUCCUCGACUAUGAGGCAGGGCGCUUGUCAUUUUAUGAGCUUACUGAGCCAAUCAGACAUCUCCACACCUUCACCUCUACCUUCACUGAGCCCCUUUAUGCUGCCUUCUAUGUACGAGACAGUGGUUGGGUUAGAAUUAGAAGUUAAUCAUACUUUCUCAUAUGACUGUAGAGAAGUGAUACCUAUUCUGUUGGAUCAUGAUCUAUCAUUAGAUAUAUAGCUGGUGUCUAGAAGACCACAGCAGAUGAGAUUUGGUCCACAAGCAUCUCCCUCAGUUUAUUCUGCUGGAUGCUUGUGCCUGAAGUAAUGGGUGCUGUGUAUUGAAUUAGCUCUUUUAUAUAAUGAUUAUUGUUACUCUUCAUCAGUAUCGUUUUGGCCAGUAAAAAUUAUAGUGUCUGGAAAGACACAUAUCUCAUGCUGCUAACAUAUGGGAAAGCCUCUGGCUGAAAUGGAUGCCAAUAUAAUAGUCUAGGGUAGUCUCUAUGUCCUACAGGUUUACCCAUACAUUGACCUACAUACUGUAUGUGGGUUAGGGUGGAUUUUAAGCCACAAUUCAGAUAGAUAAAUGCCUUUGGCCUGAAGUAAGGGCCUGCUGUGUUAUCUCUUGAGGAUUUGUGUCCGGGUCACUAAAAUGGCAAAGGCCUCUAGAUAUUUCAGGUGCUUGUUAGUACCAACAGGUUGGAGUUAAGAGCAGGUUAGAGUUAAGAGCAGGUGGUACAUUUACCCAUUCAUCCUUUCUUUGGUUAUUUAUUAAGGAGAAGGAAAGGCUAAAACUGAGUAAGUUUUAUCAGAAAGGUCUAUAUAAAUACACCAGUAAACCCUUAAACUCCUCUGUCAAAAGAAACACAACAUUGAUUCCCUUCUAUUGUGUAUACAUGGACUUCUGUAUCAGACUUCCUCUUUUCAGCAUAAACCUCCAGGGUUAAGGCUUGAACAUGCUCAGUUUGCUCCUCUCUCCCUUUUCCCCCUCCCUCCUCCCCUCCCUUCUGUAAUCUGAGCCCAGAGCUAUGAGUGAGCAGGGAGAGACUCAGGCAGGAAGUGAUGUCACACCAAGCUAAUACUACAGCUGCUAUGCUAAACAAAUAGAGAGAGCUUCGAGAGUUGUUUACUCAAGUAUGGUAAAACAUUCUGCAGAAUAAAUAUAGUGGUAUAGCUUGCACUAUUGUGGCUAAUCUGUUGACAAUAAACUACUUUGGUAGCUUUCCUUCUCCUUUAAGCUCCAAACUGUUAUGCAUCUCUGAACAAUGGAUCAGGGCAAUUCUCUCUCUCUCAAAGCUGUGUGCUCAUAUAGAGAGCAUUGGACCAGGGGAGAAUACCAACAGGAAAAAUAAUAUGCAAAAACCAAACACAAGGACUGAGGGGCACAGCCCAUAAGAGCUUACAAGCUUGUAAUCACCCAGCUCAAGCACAGAAGAGCCUUGCCCAUGAGAGCUUACAAGCUUGUUAUCUCUUGGAUAUCUGUGGCUGCAUCUCUAACCAGUGAACAACCCAUAGAUGAAGAAAUCUCACUCACUCCUGCACUGUUAUGACAUUGCAGAGAAAUGACUAUUGAGUGAGAACCAUAAUCUUUUUUGUGCUUUCCUUGUUCCAUGUUAAAUGCUAGUUGGAGCAAUAAUGAGUAGGAAUAUUACAUGUCAUUGUAAAGGUCAUCUGGGGGCAAAUAUCAUUGUUUAUCCUUUUCUGCAUUUAAUGAAACAAAGAGUAAAACUCUCUAUGCCAUGGUCUUUCAUUUGGUUGUACAUAAUGGGCUCCCAUUGGCUCAUCUGAUUAUUGAUUCCUACUCUUUGGGGGUCAUUUGUCUAUACUUGCCUUUUUCCCAUAGACCCCUGGGUGUCUCAGGAAAUCUAUUUUAUUUUUUAUUUUUUCAAUUCUUUUUUAUUGGUUUUAACAAUAAACAAGCUUGUUAUUUUACCAAAAAAAUGUAUUGCAGUUUGCAGAAAAUGUAGAUAUUUAGUAAUACAGUGAAAUUAAACAAGUUAGUUUAAAAGAUAUACAAGAUGUAGCACAAAUAUAUCUAUCUAAACCAAACUUUCUGUGGUUGACACCAAAUCAUAAGGAUGAAAUCUUGAAGACAACUAAACCUUCUUGCGAAUGGGUUGACAUUUUAGCAUGUAUAGCAGAACAUCACCCCACAGCAUCCAUACACUAAAAUAAAUGUUCUCUUCUUAACA